AAAAAAAAGUGGGGGGAGUAUUGAAAUGAACUUUAGUUUGGGAAAUACCAAUUAAAUGCUUCGGUAGCUUCAUCAUCAGCACUGUAUUUUCAGCAUCUCCGAGAGGGCCAGGAGCUUUUAAGCCAAGAAAGGAAGAAACAAGGCGGGUUAUUUACAAGUGCCUUCCCCUGGCGGUUUUAAACCACUGCAAAAGAAUCACAAGCGUUCACUCAGCCCAGCACCUGCAAGCUCCGGCUCCGCUGCACACCCCAGCGGGCUCGCGUGGUAGUGCAUCCCGGACCGCCACCGAGAGCGACCGCCUUGCACCUCCUGCCCGGCGGGCGCGCACAGCUUCACGGAGCUCUCGGUGCACCUUCCUUUCCACUCAAUAGCGAGCAAAGCCGCGGGCAAGGGCAAUCCAGCCGAGGUGCCCGACCCGAAACCCAGUGCAGCGACCUACUGCGUCCCGACCCUGCUCGGCGGACCGGCGUCUUCGGAGCAUCAGCAGCGGCGCAACUUCCCCGGAGCCAACUUCAUCACCACCUGCGGGUUCCGUGCGGGUGCUGGGUCUUGCACGCGGACUCACGGGCUGUAGAGGGCAGGUGACAACUCCCGAGGUCGGGGUGGCCCUGUGGGGAACCCGCGGCCCGCGACGCUGGACCAGAGGAUGGAAGGCGCGCUUGCGGUCAACUGGAGCGCCGACGCAGCCAACGGGAGCACCGAGUCCCCGGGCUCCGAGAGCAACAGCACGGCCGGACCCCCGAGGCGCAACGAGGCCCUGGCGCGCGUGGAGGUGGCGGUGCUGUGCCUCAUCCUCUUCCUGGCGCUGAGCGGCAACGCGUGCGUGCUCCUGGCGCUGCGCACCACGCGCCACAAGCAUUCUCGCCUCUUCUUCUUCAUGAAGCACCUGAGCAUCGCCGACCUGGUGGUGGCCGUGUUCCAGGUGCUGCCGCAACUGCUGUGGGACAUCACCUUCCGUUUCUACGGGCCUGACCUGUUGUGCCGCCUCGUCAAGUACUUGCAGGUGGUAGGCAUGUUCGCCUCCACCUACCUGCUGCUGCUCAUGUCGCUGGACCGCUGCCUGGCCAUCUGCCAGCCUCUGCGCUCGCUGCGCCGCCGCACUGACCGCCUGGCUGUGCUUGCCACGUGGCUGGGCUGUCUGGUGGCCAGCGUGCCGCAGGUGCACAUCUUCUCCCUGCGCGAGGUGGCCGAGGGCGUUUUUGACUGCUGGGCAGUCUUCAUCCAGCCCUGGGGGCCCAAGGCCUACGUCACAUGGAUCACACUGUCUGUCUACAUUGUGCCGGUGAUCGUGCUGGCCGCCUGCUAUGGCCUCAUCAGCUUCAAGAUCUGGCAGAAUCUGCGGCUCAAGACGGCCGCUGCGGCCGCCGCCCAGGGGCCCGAGGACUCCACCGUGACCGGUGCAGGGCGAGCAACGCUGGCGAGAGUCAGCAACGUCAAGCUUAUCUCCAAGGCCAAGAUCCGCACGGUCAAGAUGACCUUCAUCAUCGUGCUGGCCUUCAUCGUGUGCUGGACACCCUUCUUCUUCGUGCAGAUGUGGAGUGUGUGGGAUGCAGAUGCGCCCAAAGAAGCCUCAGCCUUCAUCAUCGCCAUGCUGCUGGCCAGCCUCAACAGCUGCUGCAACCCCUGGAUCUACAUGCUCUUCACCGGCCACCUCUUCCACGAACUCGUGCAGCGCUUCCUCUGCUGCUCCGCCAGCCACCUGAGGGGCAGCCGGCCAGGAGAGACCAGCGUUAGCAAAAAGAGCAACUCCUCGACUUUCGUCCUAAGCCAGCGCAGCUCCAGCCAGAGGAGCUGUUCCCAGCCGUCCACAGCGUGACCUCUGGCCGGGAGGCGGGGUGGGGUGGGGGCUGCUCCUGAGCAUGGGGUGUGCCGCCGCCGUUGACAGUCUGCCUUUGUGGCCCUUUGCGUGUGCAUAAGGCACCCACUGGUUAUUUCCUCCUGCACCUCGGGGUGGCUUGAGCUUGAUGGGGGAUUCUGAAGUGGGAUUGGGGAAAAUGCAGUGACAGCCAUCAAACAAACCCCUGAGUCUCCCCGCAUUCUGCUAUCCUGAUCCUACUGCUGUCCGGGCAGUGGCUGGGUUCUUUCUCCCCCUAGGCCUGUACCUUCAUUCAGUAUCCUUUUACUUCUAUACUCUGAAUCCUGUGAGAAAGAAAAAGUACAGGAUUGUGGCUGACCAAGUCAGGGAGCCAGGGCUCUAGGUAAGGGAUAAGGAGUGGAAAUGGGGCCUCGGGAGAGGCUGGUAGUGAUUUUCUGCUCACUGCAGUGUGCUUUGGCGGCAGUGCUCCUGGGGUGACCCUAGGAAGGGAACUAUCUGGAAAGACUAUCUGGAACAAUGAGAACUUGGGCUGAAAAUGUUGGAGACACUGUUUGAUAAACAUCUUUAAAAAAAAAAAGAAAGGAAAAUAUAU